CUAAAAAAGAAAAAUUACAAAAAGUAUAAGAGGACUCAUUAGAUCAUUGAAUUUUGAAUGUUGUUUCUUCAUCCACUUCCACUAUUCAAAAUGAUGUUACAUGUCUAUUGGUAGCAAUGGGAAUUUUCUUCCCAAGGAGUUGAAAUCCUUUUCAACAAAACAAUAUCACCCUUUAAUUGAAUGGUUAAUAUUGAUAUUCUAUUAUUAUUAUUAUUAUUAUUAUAUCCAGUUUAUAUAAAAAGAGGAGAAUUUAUUAUAAAAAAAUCAAAGUUUACAAAAUGGAGAAUGAGCAAUGGUGCACCAUAUGCUCUAAAAUGGUGAGCCCAUUGAAUGAAUAUGAAAACAAAUGUCCCUUUUGUGAUACACAAUUUGGUGAUGGAAUGGAAAAUCUAAGUGAUCAUCAUAAUAAUGAUGCUAUUGAUUUAAGGUCAGCUUGGGUUUUCUCACUUUAUGCACCAAUUUUUCUUGGUUUGAUGAAUGCUUUUACUCCUUCUCUAGCAACAAUUUCUUCACAAGAAAACAUCACAUCAAGAAAUGAUGAAGAUUUUGAACAAGAGAGGGGAAAUUACAAUGAGCUUGUAAUAGGAAGAAGGAGAAGAACUUCAACUUACAUGAUGCAUCUCUUUAGAGGACUUCAUGUUAGAAUGGUUUCAGAAAAUGAAAACAUAGAACAAAAUAGAAACAUUAUUGAUAACAAUAAUAAUAUUGUUAAUAAUAAUAAUAACAAUAAUAGUAAUAAUAAUAGUAUACUAGUUAUUGAUCCAUUCAAUGAAGGUGCAUUAAUUGUGAGAGGACCUAAUUUGAAUCAUACAAAUUUAAAUAGGUCAAAUGAAAAUAAUAUUAGUACUAGUACUAUUGGAUCUUUGAAUGAUUUUGUGGAUGGAAGUGGAUUUGAUUUAUUGCUACAACAAUUGGCACAAAUUACUCCUAGUGGUUAUGCAAGUGUGAAUCCUCCAACAAAGAAGGAAGCAAUAGAAGCAAUGGAAAAUAUGAUUAAUGAUGAGAAAUUGCAAUGUACAAUAUGUUUAGAAGAUGUUGAGAUUGGAAAUGUUACUAAAGAAAUGCCAUGCAAGCAUAAGUUUCAUAGCGAUUGCAUUGUGUCAUGGCUUAAACUACAUAGUUCUUGUCCAGUUUGUAGGUUUCAAAUGCCUUGUGAGGAUUCAAAUGUUUUGGCUAAUUUGGAAAAUGGAAAUAGAGAGGUUCAAAAUAAUGAGGUUGUGAGGAGAGGUAGAAAUGGAAGGAGGAAUUGGUUUCCAGUGCUUCAAUCUUUUAAUAAUUUUCUUCCUUUUCCUUGAUCAUUACUUUUAUAGAGUUGUAAUCAUACAUCAACACAACUACAUCUAGGAAUUAAUUAUUAUGCUUCUUAAUUAAAUUGUUUCAUAUUGUAUAUAGCAUAUAUAUGUUUUAGAUUGUAUAGUUUGAUUUUAUUGUACUCUUCAAAUAUGUAUGUAUUUUUCAAUAUUUGGAAUGAAUAAAUUU